GAGACGUGCUUUGCAUUGGCAGGCUGAUGAGGACACGUGUCUCCUCCCUGCCUCCCCCCCCCCUGGGCUCCACGGUACCGCAUUGGCAUCAGUAAAGGCACCUGAAAGCCGACAACCGACUCCUGGAAAAGCUGGCUGCAACCUUAUAACCUGAAAGACAGCGAUAUUAUAGCCCCUACAGAAACCUGUGGCUCGCCUUUUUUCGUGCGUAAAGCUUUUGCGCACACCGCCAAACUGCCUCAGAGACUAAAGGUGCGCUACUCGUCUAUCACAGAGCGCAGUCCCAAAAUGCAGAAACGGAGCAGCGACUUCUGAAGGUGACAUGAACCUCGUGCUAAUCAAGAGCAGCAGGCGAUCACUGAGCAAGAAGUGGAGAUAGCAACUGAAAACCACCGGUGUCUUGAAACUAAACUUGUGGUUUUUUUUUUCCGCGUGGCUUUAUCUGAUGCAGAGAACCAAGAGCUGCCACCCAAAGUAGCCUAACAUUUUUACUGUCUGGACGAGAAAAACACUAAUUUAACUGCAGCAAGAUCCAGGAGAGGAGUGAAAAUGGCGACGUUAAUCAAAAGCAAGCUUUCUAAUAAACUGUCAAAUGCAGCCACCACUGUCAGCAACAAAUCCCAGGCGAAGGUGAGCGGCAUGUUCGCCAGGAUGGGCUUCCAGGCCGCCACCGACGAGGAGGGUCUGGGAUUUGCCGCCUGCGAUGACCUGGACUACGACCACCGGCAGGGCAUGCAGAUGGACAUUAUGACAAGCGAAGAGAUGGGAGGAGAGGGAGCCGGAGACGGAGGCGCGCUGGAGGGGGACAGCCACUACCAGAGGGACGGCACCGGUCCGCCGCACUCAGCUUCAAAAGACGGAGGUCUUACGGACGAGCUGGCUGAAGUCAGACCAAAAAUCACCGCUUGGGAGGCGGGCUGGAACGUCACGAAUGCAAUCCAGGGGAUGUUCGUUCUUGGGUUGCCCUACGCCAUCCUGCAUGGAGGAUACCUCGGACUCUUUCUCAUUAUUUUCGCCGCCGUGGUGUGCUGCUACACGGGGAAAAUCCUCAUCUCCUGCCUGUACGAGGAGGACGAAGAUGGGCAGCUGGUCCGUGUGAGGGACUCCUAUGUGGACAUUGCCAACGCCUGCUGCCAGCCCAGGUUCCCGGCUUUAGGUGGCCAUAUCGUGAAUGUAGCCCAAAUCAUAGAACUGGUGAUGACUUGCAUCCUGUAUGUUGUGGUCAGUGGAAACCUUAUGUACAACAGCUUCCCCAACAUGCCCAUCUCCCAGAAGUCCUGGGCCAUCAUCGCCACCGCUGCUUUGCUACCCUGCGCCUUCCUCAAGAACCUGAAAGCCGUCUCCAAGUUCAGCUUGCUGUGCACGAUAGCCCACUUUAUCAUCAACGUCCUGGUGAUCGCAUACUGCCUCUCCAGAGCGCGGGACUGGGCCUGGGACAAGGUUAAGUUUUACAUCGAUGUUAAGAAGUUCCCCAUCUCCAUUGGGAUUAUCGUGUUCAGCUACACCUCGCAGAUCUUCCUGCCGUCACUGGAGGGAAACAUGCAGAAACCUAGCGAGUUCCAUUGCAUGAUGAACUGGACUCACAUUGCUGCCUGCAUCCUUAAGGGCCUCUUCGCCCUCGUAGCCUACCUGACCUGGGCCGACGCAACCAAGGAGGUCAUCACAGACAACCUGCCCCCCGGAAUUCGAGCCGUUGUCAACCUCUUCCUCGUGUCCAAAGCUUUGCUGUCGUAUCCGCUGCCGUUUUUCGCUGCCGUAGAGGUAUUAGAGAAAUCGUUUUUCCAGGAAGGGGGACGCUCGUACUUCCCAGAUUGCUACGGAGGCGAUGGACGCCUAAAGUCCUGGGGACUCAGUCUCCGGUGUGGCCUUGUCGUUUUCACCUUGCUUAUGGCCAUCUAUGUGCCCCAUUUCGCCCUCCUCAUGGGUCUCACCGGCAGUCUGACGGGUGCAGGCCUCUGCUUUCUGCUUCCCAGUCUUUUCCACCUCAAGCUUUUGUGGAGAAAGCUGCAAUGGCACCAGGUUUUCUUUGACGUCUCCAUCUUCGUAAUAGGAGGUAUAUGCAGCAUAUCUGGUUUUAUCCACUCCACGGAGGGGCUCAUAGAGGCUUUCAAUAAUGGCGUAGAAGAGUAGAUUCAAGCCAUUGUCGGAAAUAGAUGUUAACUGCAACUCCCCAUUUAGUGAAAACAUAAAGUCACGACUUUGCAGCAAGCGCAGCCCCCCUUUCUGCUUAAACCAUGCGUAAAAGCACGCACAGACCACAUUUACGCACAUCUACAGUCUACAGCAUCAUUUAAGACACACACACACACACACACACACACACACACACACACACACACACACACACACACACACACACACACACACACACACACAAAUGGAACCGGUGGCAGCAAAGGAAUCUACCACAACACACUAUAUGGACAGUUCAUGUUGUAUAAAUAUGCGAACAAACGUACAUAAAGAUAUUUUGCAGUGGAGUGAACGUUUACAAUAUCAACCUAAACGAAGUUAGCAAGAAGGGCAGUUAGUCUUUUCGUCGCUCUUGUGGUGCUUCCCCACAUGAGACUUCACUUAAUGUCAAGCUCGAGUUAAUGAUGGACAGAUAUUAGACGGCAUAAUGGGAUUUAAUUAGGAUUUAGAUGUUCAUUUCAAAUGGAAAUUUUGAAAAAUAAAAUACAAAAUGCCACCCUAUUCUUCUAAAUGUUAUUUGAAAUAUGAUUAAGGGCAAUGAAUGUGGUGUUCAAUUCAGACAUGAAGAAAAAAAAAACAAUUGCAAUAACCAGCAGAAAUGCAUCUUGACGUGUGUUAAGAAUAGCGAAGUUUCGAUAGAAAUGAGAAAAUUGGACCUUCCCCGAGCAGUUUAAAAUACUGAAAAUGCAAAAUAUCAAAGUUCACAGCAGCAGCUAUUCAAACUAUGCAUUGAAUGUAUGAUAUUUGAGACACACAAAACAAUGAAACUGGGAAGCAGAAAAUACAAAAUGAAUUAUUUCGAUUAUUCUGCGUGAAAGUGUUAAAUCUUUGAUGUUUCUUUUCCAAUAUUUAAAUUUAUUUUAUGAAGCUCUUAAAUCGGCAAUAAUGUAAUCCAAAAGAAACCUCCUCACAUCUUGGCCGAAAUAUCAGCUAUAGACGGGGACCCCUAAUUGAAAUCGUGCGCACUCAAUUACCCAUAAUGCUUUCCAUUACAUUAGAAAAAAACAUGGCCUGUUCUGAAAUUAAUUUGAAAGACUCAAGUGUCGCAAAUUCGAUGUCUGAAAAUCUGAAAAGAGAUCCUUAAAGAGGAAAAUGUGCAUACAGACAUUUCUCAUUCUGUGCAAUGCAAUGGGUCCUGUGGAAGUGUUAUAAAAACCGUAUGUGUAGUGUGUUAUUGUGGUUUCAAAAAGAUGGAAUGUAUAUCUCAAAGUCGUUAUCAUAUAUCGUGAAAUUAAUAUUAAAGAAUAAAGACAUAAGUGAAAUUAUAAUGUAAAAA